AUGUCUGACUGGAUCGGCGCCAACACAUACCGCAUCGAAAGCUACAUCGACAGGCGAGCCGCAGUCGCCUUGUCAGGAGGAGAUAAAGCUGAUGGCACCAAAGUGGUUAUGUGGAACAAUGACCCAAGAUGGAACGACCGCUUUGAGUUCGUUUACGCUGGUGUCGGUCAAUCUGGAAAGGACGAAUACCAUAUUAUCAACCGCAACAGUGGUACCUAUAUGACCUAUGGCGAGGGCGCUCCGAACGAUGCGGUCUACGGAAACAUCCUGCCGCCGAGAUCGCCACGCACGAGGUGGUGCAUCGUCCCAACUCGCAACAAUACCGGCACUUACUGGAUCGUUGCAGCUGCCAACACCAAAAUGAUGCUGGUGCCAAGCUACUAUAAGAUCGCGGAUGGCAGUCAGGUCGACAUUUGGAAGGGCGGACUAGACGACAAGAAUUGCUGGUGGUACUUGAAGCUUAGCGAGGAUGCCAUUCUCCAGUGUCCAGACCUGCGCUCAGGUGGCCCAAAGCUGUAG